GUAUGCUAUAUCGGAUUGUUGUACGUCGUGCAUAUCCACUUGUACAUUGAGACUUGAGUCGUUUAUUUUUCUUUCGGUGGCUGCUUUUGAUUCAACUGCAAUUCUCUUGGUACUCUCUCUCUAGGUCUGAUCACUUUAACCAUGUCUUUCAGAAUUAGAGGGACAAAUGCAUCCUCUGGCAUGGGGGUUGCUGAUCAGAGCAAGGCUACUUAUAUGGAACUGCAAAGGAAGAAGGUGCAUCGAUAUGUGAUAUUUAAGAUUGAUGAGAAGAAAAAUGAGGUUGUGGUUGAGAAAACUGGAGGUCCAGCUGAGAGCUAUGAUGAUUUCACUGCAGCUCUUCCUGAGAAUGACUGUCGAUAUGCAGUAUACGAUUAUGAUUUCGUGACAUCUGACAACUGCCAAAAGAGCAAGAUUUUCUUCUUUGCCUGGUCUCCUUCUGUUUCUCGAAUCCGAUCGAAGAUGCUGUAUGCCACAUCUAAGGACAGGUUCAGGAGGGAGCUGGAAGGCAUACACUAUGAGAUUCAAGCUACUGACCCUACUGAAGUAGAACUUGAAGUGCUCAAAGAACGCGCUUACUGAUUGAAACAUCCUACUAUGAAACAACCGUUCCUAAUAUUUCUGUCUAAUCGUGUCUUAAAAGGCUAAAUUUACUUAACUAUGGGAUAAAUAACUCCGCGCUUGGGUUGCUGAUUACCUGAUUCAUGAUGGUGAUAUCAUGUUUUCUGGUUAUGGGUUCUCUCUCAUUCUCAUGAUGCUUCCCAGUCGAGAAACGGGUAUGGUUCUGUAUGUGAAUCAUUAUCAACUUCAGUAUGUCUACUCAAUGAAUAUUAUGUGUUAUUAGUAUCUGA